AUGGAGCAUCAUCACUCCGCCCCAAGGUGCAUAGCCUUCUUCCUCCUCCCUCUCCUGGCCAGCGUACAUUACGCUCAGGCAAACCCUGGCCGUGGCUCGAUCCACUCCAUCUUCAGCUUCAGCAACUCGUACGGCGACACCGGCAACUUUGUCAAGCUCGGAGCGCCGCUGCUUCCGAUCAUCCCUUUCAGCAACCUCCCCUAUGGGGAGACCUUCUUCGGUCGCCCCACUGGCCGAGCCUCUAACGGCCGCAUCAUCUUGGACUUCAUUGCCGAUGAGUUUGGGCUCCCUUUCGUCCCCCCAAUUCUCGGUGAAGAACAUAACUUCACCCAUGGAGCAAACUUCGCUGUCAUCGGGGCUACGGCGCUUGAUCUAUCCUACUUCUACGAGAAAAACAUCACGAGUGCGCCCCCUUUCAACAGCUCCUUGAGCGUGCAGCUCGACUGGUUCCAGAAGCUCAAGCCCACCUUGUGCUCAACACCACAAGGUUGCAGAGACUAUUUCAGGAGAUCCGUCUUCUUGAUGGGAGAGUUCGGAGGGAAUGACUACACCUUCAUCAUGGCCGCCGGGAAAACCUUGGACCAGGUCGCGUCAUUCGUGCCGGAAAUCGUACAAUCCAUCUCAGCAGGCGUUGAGCAACUAGUCAAGGAGGGAGGGAGGUACGUGGUGGUGCCGGGGCAGCCGCCAAUGGGGUGCAUUCCCAUCGUCCUAACCUUGUACGCCAGCCCGAACAAGAAGCACUACGACCCCGGGACCGGGUGCCUGAGGAAAUACAACGCCCUCGCGCGCUACCACAAUAGAGUGUUGGUGGAAGCCGUCUAUCGUCUCCGGAUCAAGUACCCCGCCACCAAGAUCGUCUACGCCCACUACUACACGCCGGUGAUGGAGUUUCUCAGGGAACCCAUAAGAUUCGGGUUCAGUGCCUCGUCGAGGCUCCGAGUGUGCUGUGGCGCGGGCGGGCCGUACAACUACAACCUGACGGCGGCGUGGGUUGCCCGGCGCGAGCGCAUGCGCUAA